AUGACCUCCCGCCAGAUAUGCAUGACAUGCGGGACCCGGGGACACGGUGCGUCGCAGUGUCCGGAGAGGACCAGGCUGCACCGUGAACACGUUCUAGGGACGUCGGAAAUGCCCGACGUGACCGCGGGGGCCUUGCGCCGGGGGCCAGGAGGGUUGCAGGUGCUGUCCUACGCGAAGGAUCACACCUCGGCGCUGUUCCAGCAGGCGAAAGAGCGGGAGGAGAGGCUGCGGGAGGAAAGGGCGAGCAGGAGGGACCAAGAGGCGCCCCCAAACGCAAAUUCUCAGCCGGCAAAAUCCGGGAUGUCGAUGGUGCGCCUGGUGAAGCGUAAGGGCGUUGGCGUUGCAGAGCCCGGCAAGAAGGCUAAGCUGCAGGUCGUUUUGGAGGAUCAGUUCAAGGAUGACGAGGACGACGAAGAGGAAGGACUUGGAGGGCUACUGGGUGACUACGACAGUGAUGACGAUGCAGAGGAGGAAGAGCCGGCGAAGCAGCAACAGAAGGAGGACAAGGAAGAGAAGAAGGAUGAUAAGCCGAAGGUGAAGCUCCCGGCACCAUCGGAGUUGGGGGUCCUGGAUCUGCCCGACUGGACUGAUGAGGUGCAUCUCGGCAAGGUCGAGGAGCAGAAGGUGUCGGCGAAGCCUGUGUCGAAGGCGAGAGCUGUUUGCAACGACUUUUUAAGAGGUCGAUGCGAUCGGGGGAAACGAUGCAAGUUUUCGCACGACGUGUCAUAG